CGAACCCGGGGAACAGCCAAGUGGCCCGAGUCGCGGCCGGUCUGCAGAUCAAGAACUCCCUAACGUCCAAGGACCCGGAUAUCAAGGCCCAGUACCAGCAGCGAUGGCUUGCCAUCGAUGCCAACGCCCGCAGAGAAGUCAAGAAUUAUGUUUUGCAGACGCUGGGUACAGAAACGUACAGGCCCAGCUCAGCCUCCCAGUGCGUGGCUGGUAUUGCGUGCGCAGAGAUUCCCAUGAACCAGUGGCCCGAGCUCAUUCCCCAGCUGGUGGCUAAUGUUACAAAUCAACACAGCACUGAGCACAUGAAAGAGUCCACAUUAGAGGCCAUUGGCUACAUCUGCCAGGAUAUUGACCCAGAACAGCUGCAGGACAAAUCCAAUGAGAUCCUGACAGCCAUUAUCCAGGGAAUGAGAAAGGAAGAGCCCAGCAACAAUGUGAAGCUAGCAGCUACCAAUGCACUCCUGAACUCUUUGGAAUUCACCAAAGCAAACUUCGACAAAGAGUCUGAAAGGCACUUUAUUAUGCAAGUAGUCUGUGAAGCAACACAGUGUCCGGAUACAAGGGUACGAGUGGCUGCAUUACAGAAUUUGGUGAAGAUCAUGUCGCUUUAUUAUCAAUAUAUGGAGACAUAUAUGGGUCCUGCUCUUUUUGCUAUCACUAUUGAAGCAAUGAAGAGUGACAUAGAUGAGGUGGCUCUGCAGGGAAUAGAAUUCUGGUCGAAUGUCUGUGAUGAGGAGAUGGACCUGGCUAUAGAGGCGUCUGAGGCAGCAGAGCAAGGAAGGCCUCCAGAGCACACGAGCAAGUUUUAUGCCAAGGGAGCUCUACAGUACCUGGUCCCAAUUCUAACACAGACGCUAACGAAACAGGAUGAAAAUGACGACGAUGAUGACUGGAACCCGUGUAAAGCAGCAGGAGUUUGCCUCAUGCUCCUGGCAACCUGCUGUGAAGAUGACAUUGUUCCUCAUGUGCUGCCCUUUAUUAAAGAACACAUUAAAAAUCCAGAUUGGCGAUACAGAGAUGCAGCCGUAAUGGCUUUCGGGUGCAUUUUGGAAGGACCGGAGCCUAACCAGCUCAAACCACUAGUCAUACAGGCUAUGCCAACUCUAAUAGAAUUAAUGAAGGACCCUAGUGUUGUGGUUCGAGACACAACUGCGUGGACGGUGGGCAGGAUCUGCGAGAUGCUCCCCGAGGCUGCCAUCAAUGACAUUUACCUCGCCCCACUGCUGCAGUGUCUGAUUGAGGGCCUGAGCGCUGAGCCCAGAGUGGCCUCCAACGUGUGCUGGGCCUUCUCUAGUCUUGCUGAAGCUGCCUAUGAAGCUGCAGAUGUAGCUGAUGACCAGGAAGAGCCCGCAACCUACUGCUUAUCCUCCUCAUUUGAGCUUAUUGUUCAGAAACUUCUGGAGACCACAGACAGGCCUGAUGGACACCAGAAUAACUUGAGGAGUUCUGCGUACGAAGCUUUGAUGGAAAUAGUGAAAAACAGUGCCAAGGACUGUUACCCUGCUGUCCAGAAGACAACUUUGGUCAUUAUGGAGCGGCUCCAGCAAGUGCUGCAGAUGGAGUCUCAUAUCCAGAGCACUUCAGACAGAAUCCAGUUCAAUGAUCUUCAGUCUCUACUUUGUGCUACUCUACAGAACGUUCUCCGGAAAGUGCAGCACCAAGAUGCUCUGCAGAUCUCGGAUGUGGUGAUGGCCUCUCUGCUGAGGAUGUUCCAGAGCACGGCUGGCUCGGGGGGCGUGCAGGAGGAUGCCUUGAUGGCAGUCAGCACCCUGGUAGAAGUGUUAGGUGGAGAGUUUCUGAAGUACAUGGAUGCCUUCAAACCGUUCCUUGGCAUUGGACUGAAGAACUAUGCUGAGUACCAGGUUUGUCUGGCUGCAGUGGGCCUGGUUGGCGACUUAUGUAGAGCCCUGCAAUCCAACAUCCUGCCUUUCUGUGACGAGGUUAUGCAGCUGCUCCUGGAGAACUUGGGGAAUGAAAAUGUUCAUAGGUCUGUGAAGCCUCAGAUCCUUUCAGUGUUCGGCGAUAUAGCCCUUGCCAUUGGAGGAGAGUUUAAGAAAUACCUCGAUGUUGUGUUGAAUACCCUGCAGCAGGCCUCGCAGGCGCAGGUUGAUAAGUCUGACUACGACAUGGUGGACUACCUGAACGAGCUGAGGGAGGGCUGUCUGGAGGCAUACACGGGCAUCGUGCAGGGCCUCAAGGGAGACCAGGAGAACGUGCAUCCGGAUGUCAUGUUGGUGCAGCCCAGAGUAGAAUUUAUUCUGUCUUUCAUUGACCACAUUGCUGGAGAUGAGGAUCACACAGAUGGAGUGGUGGCGUGUGCUGCUGGACUGAUAGGGGAUUUGUGUACAGCAUUUGGAAAAGAUGUUCUGAAAUUAGUAGAAGCUAGACCCAUGAUACAUGAACUGCUAACUGAAGGAAGAAGAUCCAAGACGAACAAAACAAAAACCCUCGCAACCUGGGCCACUAAAGAACUGAGAAAACUGAAGAAUCAGGCUUGAUCGGCUACCAUUGGGAUGACACCUGAGACCCCCACUGGAAAUCUCCAAUCUUUUGAAAAAACCCGGAAGUGAGGAGUGUGCACGGAUGCUGAAUGUUUGGGAAUGAGAGGAUGAGUGAGUGAGGCUUGAAACACACCACAUUGCAAACCCCGCCGCAGCAGCAGCAGCCGGUAGUGAGCUGAGCACUGACUUGCCUAGAAAACCCGGCACGGGCCCUCCUCGGCGAGAGGGAAGCGACCGAUUUCCAUUGAAGCAAGGAGCAAAUCUCUGCUUCCGACACACUUAGGACUAGCUUUGCUGUCUGGGCCGGCGCAGAGCGGAGCGGCCGCUUUGGGCGAGAGGGAGCGGGGUUCAGCCGUGGUGYUCGUGGCCCGAGGGCCGGCCUCGGCUGCAGGAGGGGGAUGGAGCCCGGCCCGCCGGCCGCCCGCCGGAGCCGUUGCCACGCGGUGCUGUCGGUGCAUGGGAUAAAAGGAGGGGUGAAGGAUUGUCGGUCUAGGAGUGAGUGUGUGUGAAUGAGGCGGUAUCCACAUUCUCAACUUCGAGUCAUUGCAGUUUAUCUUUUCCCAAAAAAAAAAAAAAAAA